AUGCAACCUAAUCGGCUACAGGAGCUGGAUGGUCAGCCCAGUGACCCCAAUAUUAUCCUCCCAGUUGUAGCGGUGGGUGAACUCAUGAUCGAGGGCAAUACUCUGACACGAGGCUACUUAGACUCAGAAUCUGCCCAGGAAGCCUUUAUUACGGAUCCCAAGUUCUUAGACCACCUGGCUCCUAAAGCAACAGGCUCUCGAGUCGAUACGACCGGUGACCUAGCACGUUACAACGCCGACGGCAUCGUCGAGUUUGUCGGCCGUAAAGACAGGCAAGUCAAGUUUCGUGGUCGUCGGACCUAG